AGCACAAGGUCAUACAUAAAAAUGGGGAAUUGAACUAAGUUUCUUGACAUAAACAAGUAUUGAUCUCCACUAUAUACGAAAGUGAAAGAAGGAGAGAUGUGAACAGGGGUAAUGUGGCCGAGCAUUUAGCAAAAAACAGGGAAUUAUGGCACUGGAUUUUGUGGCAGGUUGCCUUGGAGGGUGUGCUGGGGUUCUGGUUGGCCAUCCAUUUGAUACUGUGAAGGUACGGCUGCAAACACAAGACCCAGCAAAACGCCUUUAUAAAGGGACAUUUGGAUGCUUCAGGACCAUCAUAGCAAAAGAAUCUGCACUUGGAUUAUACAAGGGGAUGGCUUCUCCACUUUACGGACUAGCACUUAUCAAUGCCAUAGUCUUUGGAGUCCAAGGAAAUGUUCAGAGAAGAAUGACCAAUCCAGAUACACUACAGAGCCACUUCUUGGCAGGGGCUACAGCUGGCCUUGUACAGUGUGUAGUGUGCAGUCCCAUGGAACUGGCCAAAACAAGGAUGCAGAUUCAAGGGAAGGGUGAAUCAAGAACACAGUUCAAAACCACAAAACAUUUGUAUACUGGCCCAAUUGAUUGCCUGAGGAAGAUCUACAAAGCACAUGGGAUUCCUGGGGUGUUUAAAGGGUUUAAUCUUACCGUUGUGAGAGAAACACCCAGUUUUGGAGUUUAUUUUGCUACUUAUGAGUAUUUGUGUAGACAGAUGGUAGAGCAACCUGAUGAUGAUGUGAGUAUGUUAGGGUUGUUAGUGGCAGGGGGCUGCAGUGGCAUGGCUGCAUGGAUUGUUACUUACCCUGUUGAUGUUAUCAAGUCUCGGAUACAAGCUGAUGGAGCAAAUGGUCCAAAUCAGUACAAGAAUGCUUAUGACUGUUUCCAAAAAUCUAUUAAAGCUGAAGGGCUAGGGUGCUUAUGGACUGGGCUUAACUCUACUCUUCUAAGGGCCUUUCCAGUAAAUGCUGCAACUUUUACCGUGGUAGCACUUUUCCUAAGGUCUGUGCGUCCGAGUGAGGAUGAGACCAUGGAAACGAUAUCAGGUCAUCACCACACACAACUGGGCAGUGAAAUCCACAGUGUGGAUAGAAUGGCUGGGGCAGCAGCUUCUGAAAUAUAGUCUGUAAAAUUGAAAAGACGAGUAACUAGUGAAUUGUCACUUGAAAAUUGACGUAAAGGCAUAAUUUUACUUUUUGCAGCAAAAUUAUGACUUGGACUGCAUUCCCACACAUUUUUAGAUCAAUCUAUCCUCGU